AUGGAACAAGUUCAACCAUGGAUCUGGUCAGCAUGUCAAACUUAUCUACAACAAACCGAACCAUCUACCUCAAUCUUAAAUCCAUCAAAUCCCAUCAGAACAGGAAACCUACAAUUCAUUCGAUUCUUAUCUAAACAUUCAUUUGGUGAAACUACUAUCAAUCAUGAUCAUCAAACUUCUUCAAUUUGGGCAGAAGGAAUAGAUGGAAAUUUAAAAAUUUAUAUUGAAAUUAGUGAUGAGAUCUUGAAGAGAUUUGAAGAAGAUCAAGCUGCAGAUAAGAGAAGGAUUAGUAGUUUAAACUUUCCUGUGUUUUCAUUAGGUGGAUGUCGUUGGAUUUGGGCUAUUCCUCCUAAUUUGAAUUCAAACUUAAAGAAAGAUCAUCAUGAUAUCAAACCAAAACUUAAACAAUUAUGUUUAAGGAUUGUAAAUGAAUUACCCAAGAAGAAAUUUAAAUUUAAAGCAGAAUUACCAUUUAGGAUACCAAUUCUUAAUCAAGAAAAUCUAAUGGGUUCAUUGAAUCAUCAAUUAAAAUCAGAUCCAAAAGGUUUGAUGUUUUUGGCGGCUGCUCAAUUAGAGUUACAAAUGAGACUUCGAAUCCAAUCUGAUGAUUCAAGUAUCGCUGAAAAACAAGCAUCUGAAUUUGCUCGUGGAAUUGUAAGAAUACCGAUUAUAAGAAGAUCAACCAGAAUUAAAAGAAAGAAUAAACCAAAUAAUGGAAACCAACAAGAUGUUACUAGUGCAAUUCAAACAACCGAAUCAUUUCAAGAAGGGUUUGUUUACAUUGAGGAUCGAAGUUUUUCAAGAAACGGAGAAGGGGAAGGAAACGAAAGAAGGAUUUAUGAUUUAAGACCGUUUGCUGAGAUUGAUGAUCCGAAAGAUAAGGUGGAAAUCAUUUCAUCAAUUCAUGAUACAGCGGUAGACAAACUACCGUCACUUGCAAGUUCUAGUAAUGUUCAACCGACGAGAAGGAUUAGCAGAUUUAUGUCAGAUGAAGGUAAUCUUAAUAUACCCAACCAGAAUGCGAUGACGAUAUACCCAUCAACUCGUCACUCUCCCUCAGACAAAUUACCGUCACUUAGAGCUUCUAGUAGUGGUCAGUUGAUAGAAGAACCGAGGAGAAGAAUGAGCAGGUUUACGUCGUAUGAAGGUAAUCUUACUAUACCCACCAAGGAUACGAUGACGAUAUACCCAUCAACUCGUGACUCGCCCUCAGAAAAAUCACCGUCACUUGGAACUCUCAGUAGUGUUCAGCUGAUAGAAGAACCGAAGAGAAAGAUGAACAGGUUUGCGUCAGAUGAAGGCAAUCUUACUAUACCCAACAAGAAUACGAUGACGCUCAACCCAUCAACUCGUGACUCGCCCUCGGACAAAUUACCGUCACUUAGAGCUUCUCGCAGCUUUCAGUUGAUAGAGAAACCGACGAGGGAUCUGAGCAGGGUUCCGCCAGGUAGAGCCAGUACUACUAUGCCCAGCAUGAAUUCGAUGAAGAAUAAUCAAAUAACUCGUGCUCGGAACUCGCCUUCAGACAACUUACAAUCACUUAAAACUUCAUAUAGCUUUCAGUCAGUAGAGAAACAGACUAAGGAUCUGCGCAGGUUCCCAUCAGGUAGAGCAAAUACUACUAUGCCCACCUUGAACCCGAUGAAGAGCAAUCAAUCAAUACGUGACUCACCUUCGGACAACUUGGCAUCACCGAGAUUUUCCCGUAGCGUUCCGUUGAUAGAGAAGCCGUCCAAUGAGCGCAGCCGGGCCACAUCAGAUCAAAGCAAUGUUAUUAUACCCACCAAGAAUACGAAAACGACUGACCAAUCAACUCGUGACUCACCCUCAGAGAAAUUGUCAUCACUUGGAGCUUCCAGUAGCGUUCAUUUGAAAGAGAAACCAGCAAAGGAUCUGAGCAGGGUUCCGCCAGGUCGAGCCAGGACUACUAUGCCCAGCAUGAAUUCGAUGAAGGUUGAUCAAAUGACUCGUGCUCGGAACUCGCCUUCAAACAACUUACAAUCACUUAAAACUUCAUAUAGCUUUCAGUCAGUAGAGAAACAGACUAAGGAGCUGUGUAGAUUCCCGUCAGGUAGAGCCAAUACUACUAUGCCCACCUUGAACCCGAUGAAGAGCAAUCAACCAAUACGUGACUCACCUUCAGACCACUUAACAUCACUGAGACUUUCCUGUGGCGUUCAGUUGAUAGAGAAACCGACGAGUGAGCGCAGCCGGGUCACAUCAGAUGAAGGCAGCAUUAUUAUACCCACCAAGAAGACGAUAGCCAUAGAUUCUGAAUCUACACGAGUCAAUCCUACGUCUAAUCAUGUCGACCAACUGUUUAAAGCUCCCAACAGCAUCCAGCGGGUGGAAAAUUCAAGGAGUAGCAUUGAUCAAACUUACGCAGAGAAGACGAAUUUUACAAGAGAAACUUUGAUUGCAUCAAAACAUCCAAAACAUCCAACUCCAAUAGAUUUAGCUUAUGCUUCGAAAUCAGUGGCCCCUACUCGACAACUUCGAUCAUCUAUCAAUCCUGAACCCAGAAGUUCAAGUCGAUUGAAAUCUAUACGACAAAGACUCGAAUCGAUUCCGAUCUCAGCAGGAGUUGAACCCACCAAAACAGUCACAGCAUUUCAGAAUGGAACAAGUAAACGAAAAGCAGAAGAAGUGACUAAAUAUCAAAAAGAAUUUGUUGCAGCUAGAAGAAAAGCAUUGAUGAGAAAUCGAAUGAAUUCUUCGAGAUGUUAA